AUGCAAUUUCAUGUUGUCCUAAUGGGGUCUGCAAAGAUCAAAUGGCCUUUAAGGAAUUCUCGUCUCGUCUUCGACGCUCUUGUGAACAAAAGAGCAUCGUUGACCGGGUUAACCUUGAAUGGCAAAUGUGCGUGGAGUUUCGCCGAGGAAAAAUAUGCCAUUGAUGCAAGCGGUGUGCGUGCGCCGGAUAACGGUCACCGCGAGCCGAAUAAGUGGUUUAACGUCGUACGUGGAAUGAUAAUGUUCACAGACUUCACUUGUCACGCGACUCAACGACAUUGCUAUCUGACGCCAUUCGUGGCCCCACUUUCUAACCCUAACAUUAGUAAAAGUGCAUGCAGAACUCGGGUCAAGAUUACAAUACAUCCUGUGCCAAGUAACCGUUGUAAAAGUGUGCCUUAA